ACUCAACAGUCGACCGUUUCAAUUUCACUCGACUCGACUUUAUUUAGUUUCGGUCUGACACGCGGCCGGUGUGGAUGUUAACGACGCGCGCCCUCUGUCCGUCAUUGGGCUGAAACUCGAACAAACAUUAUUCGAUCCAAAGUGCAUUUAGACAUACAUAUUCAAAAUUAAUGAAAUAAAAUGUUGAAAACACUGUGUUUGUUGGCUUAUGUCAUCGUUUCCAUCGGCUUCGUUCAUGCGUGGGACGUUGCUAUUACUGCUGGGGACCAAAUAGAAUUCUAUACUAACCAGACAAAGAUAAGCAAUGAAGGAGUUAGAUUUCGAGAGUUAACCGCGCUAGCUUACGAUGCGGUUCACAAUAUGUUGCUGUUUGUGGACACACAGAACGACAACGCGUCUAUAUUUAGUUAUGAUAUAAAUAAGAAAGAAUAUAAACCUUUAGUCAGAAGGAGAUCGUAUGAAAACAUACAAGGAUUAGCAUUCGAUCCUGUGACUAAGAAGCUGUUCUGGACGGAUACUAAUGAGAAAAGUAUAUACUGGAAGUCCUUGAAACCUGGCUCCAAGAAUGAUACGUACGGGAAUCUGCUUAUCAAAAUGGAUGAUGAAGUACCCAGAGCAAUUGCGGUGGACAGUUGCAGAGGAUAUAUUUAUUGGACCAACAUAAAUAUAAUAAAACCAACAAUAGAAAGAGCUCGCUUAGACGGCUCAGAGAGAACAGUCAUUCUAAAUUCCACAAACAUCUAUAAAGUUGUUAGUAUCGCUAUAGAUCAGAAAACGAAAAAACUUUACUGGAUCGACGAUAAAGAGGGAAUACAUUACUCUAUCGAGAGCUCUGAUUUGGAUGGUAAAAACCAAAAGAAGUUAUUAGCAGGGACGAAUCAUAUGCCCAACACAAUAACAGUAUCAAAAGAUUACCUCUACUGGGUUGAUUUGGGUUACAGAUCUGUAUGGAAAUUACCUAAAAACCCUUCACCUAAUGAAGAACCAGAAGAUAUUAUCAAUUUCACGAAUGUACCUCCGUUUGGGAUCGUCGCUAACUAUAAAAUAACGGAACAAAUCGGUGGGGUCGCGGAAUGUGAGAAAUUGUCUUCGAUAGCUGAGAAUAAGACAGUUAUAAAUGAUAUUUUCACUAUACCAAGCGAUGUCGGUCUGUUUUGUUUGCACGGAGUGAAGGUAGAGGGCGUUACUACAUGCAAAUGUUCGACGGGGUACAUCGGGGAGCGAUGCGAGAUCUCAGUGUGCCACAACUUUUGUGUGCAAGGUGAUUGCAGCGCCACUAAUAAUGGGGAACCUGUAUGCAAAUGUAAAUCUGGCUACACAGGCGCGCGAUGCGAUGUGAACAUCUGUGAGGGACACUGUUUGAAUUACGGUACAUGUUCCAUUGGUACAGACCAGAAGCCUACGUGUAAAUGUCCCGUAGACUUUGAAGGGGAUAGAUGUGAGAUUUUAAAACUUGUUCCUACAACUACAGUACCCAAUGAACAUUGCAACUGUACCAAAGAAAAUGACAGUGCGUUAUUAUCAACAUCAGAUUCUGCAAACAACGACGUUUAUGUAGAGUCAUAUAACAGCUGGGAUCCCGUCAGAGACCCUAUCAUCAUGGCACUGGGCACGAUGGCCGGGUUAUUGUUCGUGGCUUGCGCAGUCCUUGUUAUGAAAGUGUUGAGAUUGAGAAAGAGGCCGAGAAUCAAGAGACGCAUCAUUGUAAACAAGAACGUUACCCCGCUGACAGCCCGCCCUGACCAAUGCGAGAUCACUAUCGAAAAUUGUUGCAACAUGAACAUCUGCGAAACGCCAUGUUUCGAGCCACGAAACACAAUACGACCAAAUCUACUCAACGGUAAGCCUGGAAAAGAAGAGAAGAGAAACUUAAUAGCCAACAUGGAAAACGACGACCCAUAUUAAUUUUCAUAUCAAAAUUUAAUUUGCUGAACUAAUAAACGUUUUGGUAUUAUGUCCAAAGUUAAAACUAUUGUGAUAUUUACUGUUAGGUGACGACAACUGUUUAGGAUUAUGUCUGACGCAAAAUGGCUGUGGAUUGAAAUGUGUUUGAAUAUCAGAAUUAAAAAGGUCGGGUAACAUACGUUCGCGCCAAAGCUUUCCUUUAAAAUACAUAGACUUAUAGGUUAAAGAAUGGCUUUUGCUAAGAUUUUCCACCAAAAAAUUAUCUAUAGUUUAAAACGAUGUCUUUGAAAGUAAAUGUAAAUUUGAUAUACAUCGUUAUGAUUACCGUUUUAAAAUUGGAAUAAUUUUACGGCACAACGUAAUUUUGGUAAGAAAUUACAUAGGCCAUUGACUUUAACACGUUAGCUGCCAUUUCGGACUAUAUGUCCGACAAGCUAAUGUUUCAAUCAGGCCGUGUUGUCCGACUAUUUGUCCGACAAGCCAUACUUCCAUUCAACACCUCGCUGUGGCUUUUUAAUCGAAUUGUUGUAUACAGCGUGACCCGCAAGGCCCCGUAAAGCUUAUAAACAGCGGGUCAAUUUUUUUCGUUUUUUGAAAAAUCAUUCUGGCAGCUAACGUGUUAAAAUACAUUUAGUUUUGUUUACAAUGUGAGGUUUUAUUAUAAUACUUUGGGAUGAGGUAAAAACAAUAUUACAGUUUGGUAAAAACCAAGUACUAAGGUAUUAAUAAUUGUGAAGCCAAAUUCGAUGUGUAUAUCAUACAUACUAAAUAACAUGAGUAAAUUGUUUAAAAAAAAAUACAAAAAUGUAAGUUUUUGAGCAACUUUUAUAAAUUUAUCGCAUCGAGUUAGGUUCAAACACACUGACAUUUGCAUUAAUGUUACAAGUUAAAAUAUACCCAAUUCUACUUCCGAAACGUCUUAACAAAUAUAUUGUCAUCUCUUUCAUUUCCUUAAAAACAAUUGAGACAGCAAUAUUUUUGUGUAGACGUCAGUGAAAACAGUAACUACAAUCACAGUAAUUCAUUGUUACAAUUAAACUCACACAGUGCCUUCGCGAGCUAUCUUAAUACCAAUGUUAAAUUUAGUAUGUUUUAUAAAUAUUAAAUGUUGCCUCAAUGGGUAUAAGUAUUGUGAAUCAAAGUCCCCGUGAGUAAUUUUAUAGUAAUAUUUUUUAAUACAUGGCAACACCAAUGCUUUUCUUUGACAGAUAAAAAAUAAUUCUUCGUUUACUUCAAACUUAAAAUUCUUAUGUACAAUAACUUUUCGUACUUUAAAAUAUCUUUGACAUGUAAUAUAUUUACUUAAGUGUUACUUGUCCUGUAGCGUCUGUACGGUUUUGUCUUUUCUUAAAUAAUAAGUUCUGUCAAAAAUAACUUAGGUAUGAACCAGAUAAAGCAUUUUCAAAUAUUUAUUUGAUUUGUCUGUUAUCCUACAGUUUUAAUAUUAUAAUAUGUAUUUAAGCAACUGCCACCAGCUUUUCCUAUGAGGAGCCUAUUUAAAAGCAUAUCCAUGUUUUUAUUAAGUAGAUUUAAGCAAACUGCAGAAGGUUUAAAAAUCUUCAAAUGGUUCCUUUAUUGUGUUCAACUUUGCAAAAGUUUUUAGUUUCUUCCGUACAGCGUUGUUUUGAAAUAAUUGUUAACUAAUUUUAAUUUAAUGAACUUAAUGGGCUGUUA